UCCCAUCCUUCAGCUACCAUCAGCCCCUCCCACCUAUCUCUGAAAGGGGUUAUACCUUUGCGCGCCCAGGUCAAAAUGAUUUCACCGUCACUCCUCUCCUCCCCUCCCCUCAUCUCCCUCUCUACCCAGACUGCCUCUCUCUCCUUGUCUACCGGGAUAAGUCCGAUAAGGUCAGGGGUCGUCGUGAGCGGCUGCGGAUGACCUUGGAGGGGAUCUGUGGAGUGGAGCCGGGGUUAGGGUACGACGGGGUGGCCUUCACUCUCACCAUCCUCUGUCUGGGACACACAGUGGGACUGGGCUUCGACAGCAGAGAGGGGCUGACGGCAUGGGACGCUAGGCUGAGAUACAGCCUGGGAGAAGUCCACAGGUUCAGUGUAGGCGUUCAGCCAGGAACUAAGCUAGAGAGUGGUCCCGCCUCCCUGCACCUGUGCAACAACCUAUUGGUUCUCACUAGGGACCUCCCCCCGGCCGUGAUUGGCCAGUGGAAGCUGUCAGACCUGCGUCGCUAUGGCGACGUGCCCAAUGGCUUUGUGUUUGAGGGCGGGACCAGAUGUGGAUACUGGGCUGGUGUAUUCUUCCUGUCCUGUUCAGAAGGGGAGCAGAUCAGUUUCCUGUUUGACUGUGUAGUCAGAGGCAUCUCUCCUAGUAGAGCACCUAGCGGCCUCAGACCUAACCUACCAGAUCCCAGUGCUAGCCGGUCCUCCUCAGAGGAGAGGAUCAACCAUGAAGCAUCAGAACUAGAGAGAAGACUCAGUCUGCUGUCCCUCAGCAGUAGACAGAGCAGCACAGCCUCCACCUCCAGUUACAGCACCUCCGUUGCCGGGGAUGACCGCAGCAGUAUCUCUUCCUCCUCCUCCAGCCAAUCAGACGCCAGCUACGGAAGCCACCUUCCUUUGUGGCCAGAGCCAAAACGCCCCACUUCCUCAACCGAGACCCUGUCGGCCCCUCCUACUGCGAGGUCCUCGGCCAAUCUGGACGAGCAACUCUAUAAUGCUGUCAUGAACCGCUCUCCUUUCAAACCGCCUUCCCAUACUCGCAGUCUCCACGACAGCGGGCGCCAAAGCUCAUUGGACAGCGGGAUCGGCAUCGCCACGGCCAGCAGCCAAUCAUCUUACUCCGGGAGCUUCUCUUCCUGUACGGGCAGCCUGGACACAGCCAGUCAGGGAGGAGGGGAGGAGUUUGGGACUAGUGGUUAUAGCUCUAGCGCCCCCCGGUGGCAGAGUGAGGAGUACCAGGCACCCAGCCAUCUCAGACUACACUACGACAGCCCCAGGAACAUCCUCCACACCCCGGCCUUCAGGGAUCCUCCGCCCCAGGGAGGAGCACCGGAACCGGGCAGGGACAGGCGGCUCGGUGGAGGUCAUGGAGGUCAAGGACAGAUCCAGGGGCAUGGGUGUCCUUCCCUCCCCUCCACCCCCAUCGAGGCCUCUCUCCAGCGGGUAGGGACCACGAGGCAGCCCCCUGUGGACAGCCCCAUGUCCAGUAGGCUUACACCCAGACCUCUGCUGUUACCUGGCUGUCCAGUGUGUGGAGGAACGCAGAGUCAUCAUCCCUGUAUAGAUCACAACUACAUUACCCACGAGCAAUGGUUCUCAGCUAGAAAGAGAUGUGUUACGCAGACAAACAGCCCUUCACAUUCAGGACUCUCCCCAACACCAGAUACACCCCCCCAGUGUAGAGAGGUAUGGCGGGGUGAGGCGGGCCUCUCUCACCCUCUCUCACCCUCCUAUUCCCCCACACCCCCACCUCCCCCCGGCACGAUGACCCUAAGCAGGCAAACCUCAGUCUCUGGUGGGAGUUUCUUUAAGUUUCCUCCGGAUGCUUCUACCAUGAUGAUGUCAUCAGUCCUGGACAGGCGUCGCCAUCACCACAGCGACCCCAGUGUGAACUACGUCAACAUCCCCGUUAGCCCCGCGGCUAAAGCUAACAGAGCUAGCAGAGAGCUGCUCUACAUGGAGCUGGAUCUACAGUCGGAGCCCUACGGUGGGCCAGUUUCCACCAACACCACUGCAGCGAGAGGUAACUCUUUGCAGCUGCGCAGACCCAUAGGGGGCUCCACCAGGUAUGCCCACACAGACAUCACAACCUCAGAGACAGCUCAGAGAGUAGGAGCAGAACACGCCCAGGGGAGAGAGGACAGGCUGAUGGAGCAGAACACGCCCAGGGGAGAGAGGACAGGCUGAUGGAGCUGGAACACGCCCAGGGGAGAGGGGACAGGCUGAUGGAACAGAACACGCCCAGGGGAGAGAGGACAGGCUGAUGGAGC